CUCUUUCAUUUUCCAUUGCAUGCUACACUUUUUAGUGCUUUAUUUGUGUAUUGCUGCAUAUUAAAGUGUGUUUUUGUUAAGGAACAAAAAGACAUUCUUUAUUUCAGAUCUGCAACACAAGAAAAAUAGCUUUGCCUUCGACCCAACAUUAGCUAGAAACUCCUUGUUCCUUGUUGUUGUUGCUGGAAGUGGAAAACAUGAAAUUUCUUCACAUUUCAUGUUUUAUUAUGUGCAUAUUGUGUUCGAUACUAUGUCAACAAGGGAAUUGUGAACCUGUUGAAGAUAAAGAGGUUUUACUUGAGUUUGUGAAAAAGUUCCCACCUUCAAGGACUCUGAAUUGGAACGAGAGUUCUUCUGUGUGUGAUUUUUGGACUGGUGUUACUUGCAAUGAAGAUAGGUCUAGAGUAAUAGCUAUUAGACUACCAGGUGUUGGAUUUCAUGGAACCAUUCCACCUUUUACCAUUAGUAACCUCCCAGCUCUUCAAAUUCUGAGUCUUAGAUCCAAUUUCAUAACUGGGUUUUUUCCUUCUGAUUUUUCCAAUCUAAAAAACUUGUCUUUUCUUUAUCUUCAGUUCAAUAAUUUGUCUGGUCCUUUACCUGAUUUCUCACCUUGGAAGAAUCUCUCUGUUGUUAAUUUGUCUAAUAACAAGUUCAAUGGCACUAUUCCUUUAUCUCUUACUAAUUUGACUCAGCUUGCUGGUUUGAACCUUGCAAACAACUCUCUUUCUGGUGAAAUUCCUGAUCUUGGUUUGUUAAGAUUGCAGGUGUUGAAUUUGUCUAACAAUGAUUUACAUGGCACUGUGCCUAAAUCUCUCCAGAGGUUUCCUGAUUCAGCAUUCAUAGGGAAUAACAUUUCUCUUGGAAAUUCUACUGCUGUUUCUCCGGUGAAUGCACCGGUUUAUGAGCCGCCUUCGGUCGCUGAGAAACAUGGCAGGCUCAGUGAAACAGCUCUGCUGGGAAUUAUUGUUGCUGGUAUUGUUAUAGGGCUUAUAGCAUUUGGUUUUUUGAUGUUUGUGUGCUGUUGGAAUAGAAGAAAAGAUGGAGAUGACGAUGAUGCAUUUGUUGGGAAGUUGAAUAAGGGAGAGAUGUCACCAGAAAAAGCGGUUUCGAGGCACCAGGAUGCUAACAAUAAGCUGUCUUUCUUUGAAGGAUGUAAUUAUGCCUUUGAUUUGGAAGAUUUGUUGAGGGCUUCUGCCGAGGUGCUUGGAAAGGGAACAUUUGGCACUGCUUAUAAGGCGAUUCUUGAAGACGUGACCACGGUUGUUGUGAAGAGGUUGAAGGAGGUAGCCUUUGGAAAGAAGGAUUUUGAGCAAUACAUGGAGAUUGUUGGAAGUCUUAAACAUGAGAAUGUGGUUGAGUUGAAAGCAUAUUAUUAUUCCAAAGAUGAAAAAUUGAUGGUAUAUGAUUACUACAGUCAUGGGAGUGUCUCUUCUUUGUUGCAUGGCAAAAGAGGAGAGGAGAGGGUGACUUUAGAUUGGGAUACUCGGUUAAGAAUAGCUUUAGGUGCUGCAAGAGGCAUUGCUCGGAUCCACGCUGAGAAUGGUGGUAAACUCGUACACGGCAACAUCAAGUCCUCCAAUAUCUUUCUCAACACUAAACAAUAUGGUUGUGUAUCUGAUCUCGGUCUAGCAACCAUAUCGAGCUCGCUUCCUCUACCAAUCUCACGAGCAGCCGGUUACCGAGCACCCGAAGUCACAGACACCAGAAAAGCAGCACAACCAUCAGAUGUUUACAGCUUCGGUGUGGUGUUACUAGAGCUUCUGACCGGGAAAUCUCCAAUCCAUACAACUGGUGGUGAUGAGAUUAUCCACCUAGUUAGGUGGGUUCAUUCGGUCGUCCGAGAGGAAUGGACAGCUGAAGUGUUUGACUUAGAGCUGAUGAGAUUUCCAAAUAUCGAAGAAGAGAUGGUGGAAAUGUUGCAGAUAGCUAUGUCAUGUGUGGUAAGGAUGCCAGAUCAGAGACCAAAGAUCUCAGAAGUUGUGAAGAUGAUAGAAAAUGUGAGACAGAUUGAUGCACAGACUCAACAAUCCUCAGAUCAAAACCAAGCAGGACUUAGAUUGUCAUCUCAACAUGAUAAUGAUAAUGAUAAAUCCCCUUCUUGCACUUCUUCCCCAUUACCAAAAGGAACUGAAUGAAAACAAAAUUGUUGUCUUUAUUUCAUUUGAGUGUAUUUGUCCAUCUUCUGUACAAGAGCUUGAUGAUUAACUAUUAUUUUUUUGUUUCUUUCAUUUUUUUUUUUUUGAAGUUUCCUGAAUUAGCACCAACUUGGUGCAACAGUUAGGUUGUUACAAUGUCAAGCAUUUCUUUGUAUGUUUGUAACGUGAAGCAUGUUUCACCAAGUGGAUAAUAUCAUCACACCAAAGACAAACAACAUACUAUGAACUUAAAACUUU